AUGUCACUAGAAGAUGAGAAGGAUAUUCUAGUUGAUAACCAGAGAAUCGAUAACCAAAUCACACAAAAUUCCAUCCUGCUAUGUCCUGGUGAUCUUUUCAGUUUGGAUUCAAUUUCAAUCGAAGAAAAACCAAAUCAUCUUUAUUUAUUUGAUUAUAUGGAACCAGAUUCAAAGAAAAUAAUAACUCUUAAUCCCCAUGUACCAACCAAAUUAAAGAUGUUUGCUAACGUUACAAAUUUAGCUGUACCCAUCAUCAAAUAUCAUUCUGAAUAUGCAUCGAUUGAAUUGGAGUUGACGGGUCCUAAUUUGGAAUAUACGUGGAUAAUAACUAAAACAACCGCAGAAGAUUGGAGAAAAUCACAAACGGCGUUAUUUGAAAUCGAAAUAUCUGUAUCCGUAUCUCAUGAAACUUGUUUUUCAGCGAAUAUUCCAAAAUUGACUUUACAAGAUAUUCCUCUUCAUAUAUAUAUUGGACCUCAAAGUCGACAUCCAGAUAUGAUUGAAAUGCUAGACUUGGUGGCGUAUAAUAAUGAAAAGAUUAUCAGAGUCAAUAUCGACUGCGGUGGAAUAGUUGACCUAAGUCUAGGGUUACCAACUAUUAUGGCAUCUUCUGCAAUUGUUACAGAUGAAUCAAGUAUAAACUUUCAAGAUGGUCUUGACGUUUCGCUUCAAUUUAGCUUAAAGCACACCUAUUUAGGAUCUGCCGGUGAUAUACAAUUGGAAGAUGCAUCACAUUCGUUUGAAAAUUUUGUUAAUAACGUGACUAUUUACACGGCGUUAUUUUUCGACUACGACGGUCAGAACAAUUUACUAGCAAUAUUGAAGAACCCACAACCGGAAUUUGAAAUCUGGCAUAAAGAGUUGGAUUUUAUUACAGCAGGAUUAAGUAUCGAAGAAAAACAAAUUUACGUCGAUGAAAAUGAAGUUUUUAGACUGUGUUCCACAAAAUCGACAGGGAGGUUAAAGAUUUUCAGUCACUUCGUGACGAAUGGUCAGUCGGACUUAAUGCCGUUCAAGGAGUUCAAUUACGAUAAUAACGUCCAGACGUUCGACACAGUUGUCGUAACCGGAUGUCCUCUAGAAACAAGAAUCAACAUUGUCGAAUUUCACAGCGAAAUUAAGAACAACGUCAUCGAACUUCCUUCAUCAGACAUUUCUAUAACAUUAUCUUUGAUUGCGUAUUCGACAGACAAAGAAGUUCAACAAACCUCACCUUUAAUACUGUUUUACUUGUGCCCUGACUCUUUUAAUGUUUCUUCUUCAAACUCAAGAUUGGUGCAUGAAAUGCCCAACGUAGUAUACGAAAUCAAUUGCAUAUCAUUAGAUUACCAAGGAAUGAUAUUUCCGUCUGAUAUAACUGCUGGCGAGGCCGUGUUUAACGACGAAGAACUGAAAAUUUCAAAAAUCUUUUUAACCAAGGAAACCUUUACGUUUUGCUGGAAAAUGGCUCAUCUUCUGGUUAUUGCACAUGACCGCAUUGGGAAACAAACUAAGAUAAGAGUUAACAGUAACUUGCUGAUGGUAGAAAUUUACAUCGACUGCGGUUCUAAACUUGUAAACGAAUGUGAAAUGAAUCUUGAUCAAUGCAAAGCAACGAGCGUAUGCGAAGAUUCUCAAGAUGGAUACAAUUGUAUUUGCCCAGAUGGUAAAAUAGUAGAUCAAUUCGGAAACUGCGUUGAUACUUCAUUGUGUAUGAAAAUCGUCAAAGGUGUAUGUACAGUAGAAUGUCCCCUGGGAUAUGACUAUAAAAAUUCAUCUUGUGUAGAUGUCAAUGAAUGCCUAAUAUCCAGAAUAUGUGGUAUUAAUUCUGAAUGCCACAAUUCAGAAGGUUCGCAUCGAUGUGAAUGUUUGGAUGGUUAUGAUCUUGUUAAUGAAAUAUGUACAGAUCUACUCAAUUGUUCUGAAUCCACAUGCCCAGGAGGUUUCUGCGAAGAGUUGUCUCCAGGAUACACAUGCUUUUGUAACGAGACAUCCACAAGCAAGUGUGGUGUUCAAAUGGCAUCUUGGGGAUCCUGGAGUAAUUUCACUGAAUGCUCAUCAACGUGUGGUAAAGGAAGGAAAACUCGUAUGAGGUCUUGUGACGGACAGGGCUGCAAAGGUCCAUAUGAGGAUGAAGUUAUAUGCAACAUACAGGAAUGUCCAUAUGGAUCUAUUGACUAUUGUGUAGAUGUGGCCGACAGAUGUGAUCAACUGAGUGGAAGAGGAGAGUGUCAGUUUAUAACGGGAGAAGUCAGGUGUGCUUGCAAGAAACCUUUUCUACCCCAAAAUGACGCAGAAGGAAUAUUCCAAUAUUGCAGAGAAAAUAACACUCAAGAAUCACAAAGGAAUCUGACGACACAAAUUGAGGAAGAUGCCAACUCAACUUGGCAGCAAAACACAGUGAAAUUUCAUCCUGUGCACAAUUGCCAACAUCUGGAUGUGGUGUACAUCGAUGUAAAGUAUACCUUCCCAAUAACUCACAGAAGAAUGAACAUAAACAAUACGAGAUUUUUCAAUUCGCUUUAUGCAACCAAAAACGGAGUGAUUAUAUUGAGUAAACGAAGAAUUCCGAUUGAAUGGUUCAAGAUAUUUCGAUAUCCUGAUAUAUCGAAAGAGUACCCUUCAGAGUUCGGGGCUGUUUUUAUGCCUCUUUGGAUUGCGGAUAUAAAAAAUAAAGAAUACGAAUUAGACAAGAUUUGUGUAGAAUUCGUCACUGCAGAUUCCACGGACUUUGUGAAGUCGGCCGAUUUUGUAAAUCAGAAUUUAAUGGCAGAUAUCGAAUUCAAGCCAUUACAAAUAGCAUUCAUAACUUGGAAAGGUAGAAUAGUACCCACAUCAUCCGUCCUGAACACUGAUACAUCGAUUCAAUACCAAUCUAUUAUAGCAACAGAUUUUGUAUCAACUUAUCUGAUAAACAUAUACGGUUAUUUGGGUGAAACACAACAACUUGCCUCGGAAAAUAAUUUCCCCAUUUUGAAAGGUUACGCGAUUGCAUACCCGAGUAUUUCAAGAUACAAGUUGACUGAUGUUGACAUCCAUUCUGAAUUACGUCAAAUUUUUAAACCGGAAGUACUCAAAAAUACACGCGAUAUACAGCGAAUAGGCAUUGUAUCUGAUGCAGAUAUAUGUUUGAAAUGGUAUUUUGAGGAACCGAAAACGUCAAGAGGAAUUGAAGGCUUUAUUAACGCAUGUCCAGCAACUAAGUCACAAAUGUUGUUGGAGACAGAUCUAUGGAAACGUACAGAAAGAUGGUUCGACAAUGUCCACUUUCAAAUAUUUUUUCAAAAUUUCGGAAAUGCUGAAAUGUAUAAGCAGUGGACUGUUAGACAAGUUGAUUGCUAUACGUUGAAACUGCCUUUCAAUGAGGGUUGGAAUGUUGAUUGCUGCUACGAUGUCAAUAAUGCAAAAUUAAUUUCGAGUUUAAAUGAUUGGCAUGUGUCCGGCUUCUCAAGGAGGCAUUCAGACAAAUCUUCAUUGGAAUAUUGGAAGCACGAUCUUCAACCCUUGUUACAUUGUUGCAUGGUAACUGAAACCCAAACUAGUGAGAACUUAUGCAAUCUUUUUGAAUCGAAGAGGCCGAUUUCAGGUUUCCAAUUUUACAAGACGACAGGGUUUGCGUAUGGUGGUGGAGAUCCUACAUUUUUGACACUGGAUGGAGCAGUUUUCAAUGUUGAUUUUCCUGGGCAAUAUUUAAUCUUAAAGUCGGAUGACCUACUUGUGCAGGCAGUUGUUGAUUGUAGCGUCAUUGGUGGCGUCAAAACAAAUGUAAUCAAAGGAAUAAUUUUUAAGACAAGUGCUGAUUCGAUUUCGGUUGAAAUAUUUGUAAGAAACGAAAAAUUGCAUGUUGAUUCAAAUACACCCGAACUAUUGCCAAAUUCAGAAAAUGACAAUGCUGGUACGUUACCAGGGAAGGAUAUAUAUUUGGAAUUCUUCGAAAAAUCUAUCAACCAAUUCAGGCGAAUUACGUAUGGAAGUGUUGAUUUGACAUUCACAAAUCAGGUCAGAUUUUCCGUGCGCGCUGUUGAAGAAUCAAUAUCAUAUACUACACGCAUCCCAACACAACUCCAGGGAAAAUUGAAAGGAAUGUCAGGAAAUUUUGAUGGCGUUGCAAGUAAUGAUUUCGUUACUUCGAGUAAAUUGCAACUCCCAGCGAAAAAGAAUUCGAGAGAAAUAUGGACAUUUCCAACACAAGAAAUAGAAACUCAAUUUACCAAGUCCUGGAACUUUGAGUUUAUGACAGCGAACAGUAUAUAUUUGCAAGAAAAACUUGAAAACAGGAACAAUUAUAUGUUUUCUUGCCAUGGAAAACAGCAAAAGGAUUUGAAUAGACACACCGACUAUGCAACGUGCAGCGAAUUCACCGAUAUAUAUUCGUACGAAAUUUGUAUUCAACAAGAAAAACGAUCACAAAACAAAACUUUCACUGAUAAUAUCAAAACUGAUUUACUCAGAUCAACUCAAAACUCAGGGAGUGAAUCAGCAACGUCUUUACCACCCAGUAUUCAAUGCCAAGACCCCAUUCACAUUUAUCAGAAUGAAAUUACUUCUGUUGAUUGUUAUAUGCAGAUAUCCUUGCUGAGUCCAUACGUGAUGUUUCUCAAACAAGGAAAUGGAAAGAUGGGAAUUUCUAAUGAAGUUGUCAUUACACCACUGAAAAGGAAAAUAACUCAUUCACUUGAAAUAAACGCAACGGAUGAGAUGUUUGUACUGCCCAGCACAGAUUGUGGUUCUACAAUUCAGUUUUCUCCUUCUAUGUUACCGACAUAUUUAAAAGAACAGUUUGAAAUUAACAUUGUAACAAACGGAACGGAUUCUAAUGUGAUUUCUUCGUUCUCUCCUGUCAUAAUUGUCUGCUUUUGUGAAGAAAAAAGUCAAUGUAAUUAUGACAAGACUUCACCGAUAGCGGAUAGUGGCGCGAAUUAUCCAUCUGCUGAAUACGGAUGGUUGAAAGUUGCAACAUGUUCGUGCACAGGAUGGACUUGUGGCCAGUGGUGCAAACACUCAACAAAUCCAUGUGGUUUUCAGGCUUGUUUUCCAGGUGCAUCGUGCGUAUGGUCAUCUGAAAGUCUUGGUUAUCAGUGUGGAUCUUGUCCCAACAACAUGACAGGAGACGGAAUGGAAUGUUUUGUGCCAUCUUGCGAUGAUUUAGCAAACUCACCUAAUUGCGAAUAUUCUUGUAAAGUAAUUAAUGGCAUACCUUCAUGUACUUGUCCAUAUGGAUUCACUUUGGCAGAUGAUGGAAAAAGUUGUAAAGAUAUUAAUGAAUGUGAAGAAAACCCAUUAAUUUGCAAGCCUUUGAAGAGUUUUUGUAAAAAUUCGAUUGGAAGUUACAGUUGCUUGUGCAAGACUGGAUUCCAAAAAAUUAUGCAAUCGGAAGAAGAUUUUAUUUGUCGGGACAUAGAUGAGUGUUUGAUUGAUAAUGGAAACUGUUCUAUGAGAUGCCAUAAUAAUUAUGGUUCAUACAAAUGUUCCUGUAUACCGGGGUUUUCCCUGGCUGAGGAUGAAAAAUCAUGUGAAGACAUAAACGAGUGUGAGAUUGGACAUCAGUGUUCCCAAAAUUGCAAGAAUCUAAUCGGUAGAUACGAAUGUUCCUGUAAUGCCGGAUUUACUCUAGAUUCUAAUCAAUUAUCUUGCUCAGCCAUCAAACUGUGCGAAGAAAGCGUGCGAAUAUCAAAAUGCGGAGAAGAAAACACAAUUUGUACCAUAGAGGGAGAUUCGCCGUCUUGUGCAUGUCGUUCUGGAUUUCAGGCAAUUGCUGGUGAACAAAGGUGUGUUAAUAUUAACGAAUGUGUUGUUGAUGAAAAUAUAUGUCACACCAACGCCAAAUGCAUUGAUAAAAAAGGAUCAUUCGAUUGUGUAUGUGAAGAUGGGUAUGAAAUGUUAGACAGUGCCGUUGGCUGCUCAAAUAUUAAUGAAUGUCUAUUCCAAAAUGGAGGAUGUGAUCAGAAAUGCACUGAUACCGAUGGAUCGCAUGUAUGCACCUGCUUCAGUGGAUACAUGCUGAGUGAGGAGGGUACUGCAUGUGUUGAUAUCGAAGAAUGUGGAGCAUCAAUUCUAUCUAAUUGUCAUAAAUUUGCGGAUUGCGUCAAUCUACCUGGAACGUACAGCUGCGUUUGUAACGGAGGCUACAAAGGCAACGGAAUCAUUUGCGAUGAUGUAAAUGAAUGUGAUAAUCUCAAUGGUGGUUGUUCUUAUACUUGCACGAACACCGAAAAAAGUUAUUUCUGCUCGUGUCCGAGUGGCUUUCAACUUGAUUCAGACAUGAAAAGCUGCAUCGAUGUUGACGAAUGUACACGAACAAAUCUCAACAAUUGCCAAGGUCUGGCGAAAUGCAACAACUUGUCUCCCCAUUUUAUAUGCUCCUGUCCUGAUAAUUACGUUGUGUCUACAUCACCAGAUAAGAAUCAAACUUGCGUAAUGAAUGUUCAAACAAAAAGUAUUGUAUAUAAUAACUACGCAUUGAAGAUAGAAUGCGACGCUUGCGAACAUGGCUGCUCCGUCACAGGAAAUGAAGAUGAUUACAAGAUAUCAUGUAUUUGUAAUGAAGGAUUUAUCCUGGAGAAUGACAACACAACCUGUUCAGAUAUAAAUGAAUGCAACACUGGUACAGCAAAAUGCUUCGAGAACAGCCUUUGUAAGAAUAAAAUUGGAGGAUAUUCUUGUCAUUGCUUGGAUGGUUUUGAAGCGCGUAACGCGUAUGGGAUUUAUUGUGAACUGGCAAGUAAACAAGCUUGGUCAACGUGGAGUAGAUGGUCGGCAUGUGAAGCAGAUUGUGAUUAUGAUUUAGAACAUCGUUCUCGAUUUUGCAUCGGCAUUAAUGGCGUCUCGACUAUGUGCGAAGGUCAAUCGGAUGACUUCAGAAUUUGUGCUGACGAUAAUUGCGCAAUUUCACGCAACGAAGAAGACCAGUCCAUUCACAUAAUAUUUUCGUCAAUAACAAUGUUGGACUGGCUGGUUGAUAUGAGAUACGGAAUAGGCUUUUGGGUUUCGCAAGCACUGUUAGCGUUCUGUCAGAAACCCGAUAAUUAUCCACAUUGCUGCAAUGGAAAAAUUCCGUCGUCACAAAAUAUAGUUCCAAGUCAAAUUAUUUCAAAUGCGGAUAAUAUAGUAAUUCGCGGAUUUCCCAAAAUAUUACCAAGAGACAGCGGAAUUGAGAUUAAGCUUGCAGCCAAAACGCACACCUACAGCAAAUUUUGUUUCGUUAAUUCCGCCGAAACAAGUCUUGAUAGUAUCGAUCAGUUGAGGAGCAAAUUUAUGGAUCCGGAGUUAAGUUUGAGAGCUCUAUUGGAAUUUAACAACACCAAUACUGAAGUCUACAUGAAACAUGCCCCUACACAAAUUAAACUAGGCCGCACUGCUGCCAAACCACAGCCCCUGAAGAGCAUGGGAUUUUUGGCAGGAACCUCUGGUUUAAUUGUAUUUUAUGUAGCUGCAUCAUUUGCCUGUCUUCUUAGAGUAGUGAGACGAAAUAAGAAAAGAAAAAUGGUGUAAAAUUAUAUAAUUUGUGUCAUAUAGCAAACUAAUUUGAACUAUCAACAAUAACAAUUUAUUUUUACUUUUACACGAUGAUUUAGUAGCUGUUCAUGCAUUGACUUCACUUUUUUCUGUGGUAGUAAAUUCAAUAUGUCUUUAUGUGUGAUGCUAUUUACAAUAAAUUAUUUGCAAUAAUGUCGCUUACAAAUCGGUCAAUGUACAAAUCAAUAGUCAUUUCAUAAUUAAAACAGGAUUUAAAAUGUUUCUCGUUUAUAUCAUUAGCGCUGAUGACUUGAAAACCUUCGGUUAAUGGUCGCGGGGGAUGGUAAAUGCCCACAAUAUAACAUUUAUGUGGCAAAGACCUGAAUGAUACUAUGACAAUAAUUUGUGCCAUCUGUUUGUUUCUAUCCCACCAAACGUGGAGCGUCGGGUGUGAAGUUUUGUAGUCUGCUAGGACUUGAUCAAUGACCUCUUGUGGGUGAACCAGUGGGCUAAGCAUCACGAGCUCCAGGUUCAUCCACAAAAGCUGACUGGGAAGUUGCCAUUGGGGGAAAUAUUACUAAAAUGCAUCUUUGGGAUAUUAUCAAAGACUGGAACCCAUAAUUAUUUGCCAGGUCACUAAGUUUAUCCUUGAACUGGCAUGGUAAUAAGCAGCAUCACCUAUUCACAUUUCACCCAAUUUAGAACGGUACAUACUAAGUCAAGCUUUAUCGAUCGUGGGUGUUAGUUUGGCUGUAAACUUGUAAGCUCAGUGUGGGGACAUGCGCAUAAUAUAUUUUGAACAGUAUGUUCUUACUGAAGUUUCUGCUAAAAGCAUUUUGUCGCAGUAGCAAAAAUAACUCACAAUUAAUUGCCAUGUCAG